AUGACAGCAGUGCGUGAUUCGUUGUGUAAUAUGGAACCAGUGCAAAUUCCGAGGCCACAAAUAUCCGGCUUACAAUUUAUACCAACGAGAGGUCGAUUGGGAUUCUAUGCGAGUAUUCGUCGUGAUGGUGAAAAAUAUGGCGUUGAAAUAAAACCGAUCGGACCGCGAAGACCAUUGCUAUCAGAUGGCUUAUUUGUAAAUGAUAGUAACAUCCCGAAGUCAUCAAACAGCAGAACUGAUGAGGCUGAGAAGAAGCAAAAUGAUUCGGAAUCAGUAAAAGUAUCAAAUUCAUCGGCAACCACUCCCACGUCAUCAUUUCCAGUAUCGGAUUAUGAAAGAAUUAAUUUGAAUAAGCAAUGA